AAGUUAGAAAGUUACGAGCCCCGUCGUGCUCUUUUCCCACCAUUCACGUUUUCGCCACGUGACUCUCCAAUCCCACCAUUGGCCACUGACACAUGUCUUAAGCGAUUCCCAACCCCCCAUGUGAAAGCGACUACUCGUUUCCACGGCGGCGCGUGUUCUUCCCUCGCUCCCCUCGAGCGUUAGCCUACUACUCCUUUGUUCACACUAUAUGAACCCUCGUUCUUCUUCCUAUCUGUUCAAUCUGCGUUCCUCUCUCAAUUGUUAUUCGACUCUAUCUCUUUCUCUAUCUCUGGACCAUCAUGUAGCAGAGAGGAUGGGGAAACGAGCGGCGAAAACUUCGAGAUCACAAACAUUACCAUCAUCACCAUCGCGUUCUUUCUCUUCGUCUUCAUCCUCCGAUUUCGAAUUCACCGUCUCUGUUUCCCCUCGUCAAGCCUCCUCCGCGCUCUGUCCUGCCGAUGAGCUCUUCUACAAAGGUCAGUUGCUUCCUCUCCAUCUCUCCCCGCGCCUCUCCAUGGUCAGAACGCUCAUUCUCGCCUCCUCCAGUACGUCGUCGUCUUCUGACACGAACAGCACCACUGCGUCGCGCGAUUCCACUGAAAGCUCUACCGAAUCUCACUCCUCGUUCAAUAGCGACAUCGUGCUUCUCGCGGAGUGCGAUUCCUCUAGACCUAGCUCUGUCACGGAGGACGAUGAGUUCAGAACGCGAUUCGGUACCACUACGGCGAAGAAUCACAGUAACAGCAACUCCAAUCCUAAUGUGCAGAAUCCGAUUAAGAAGAGCAAAUACUUCUCGCUAUCGAGAUUUUCUUCCGUGUUUAGGAAAGAAUCGACGAAGAAUAAUCCGGAGCCUGAAACCGUAUCCGGAUCGCACGUCAAGAAAAUUAGUUCCUCUGCGAAGGAAGUUUUCAGGAAGUAUUUGAAGAAAGUGAAGCCGUUGUACGGAAAAAUUUCGCAGAAGCAGCAACAGCAGGAAUGGAAGACGAAGACGGAUAGAUCUGGUAAAGAGGAUAAAUCAUCGGACAUGGAGUUUUCAAUCAAUAACUCCGGGAAGGAAAGCAGAUCAGGAGCGCUAUCGCAUUCAUUCUCCGGUAACUUGAGAUAUCCGAGAAGAAGAAAUCUGGCUUCGAGUUGUCCGUCGUCGAUUAGAUCAUCGCCGAGCCACUCCGGUAUUCUAUCAUCUCGAACCGGAUUGUCGAGCAUGUAUCCAACCAGUAGAAUCGGAACGACGACGAACUACGUCAACAACAACAACACGUCGUCAAUGGAGGAGUUGCAGAGCGCAAUUCAAGGAGCAAUCGCCCACUGCAAAAACUCCAUGGUAGAAAACAAGAGGAAGACGACGACAACGACGAUGAUUAGUAAGGAGGUUUGAUUAAUGAAAUAAUUAAUUAACUUUUUGUUUCCCUAAUUAAAUGUUAAAUGUUAAUUAAGUAGCGAAACUUGCUUAUGUCUGUACUGCAGUGUCACAUCUCCCUGCUUGCUUUUAGGAAGAACUCCUGAUUUGAAAUUCUUGUAAUCUUCUUUCUUUUUCCUUUUAAUUUCUUGCUUGCUCAUGUCAUGUUCUGCUGUUUUUAUUUGACAUUAGAAUCUAAUCAAGUAUUGUGACUGUAGCCUUGGAAACUGUAA